AUGGACCCGACCAAUUAUUACCAUACCGGUCCUUACGAGGGGAACAAUUACAGUCCUCCCAGCAUGAACGCCCUCGCUUUUGGCGAACCGACAUUCUCCUACCAUCCGCCCGACGAUCAGGAUGUACCUGAUGUGCCGAGAGAUGGGGCAGCUAAUCUAGCUCAACUGAACACGACAUAUCCAAAUACUUCUACCUUCGAAGGGCAACGAAGCGUGGUUCAUGUCCAUCCCUCAGGAGUUGCGAGCAACACUGGUGGUGAAUUGCCUACCAAUACACAGCAAUUUUCAAAUCGAUCCAGUCACGAUACAGGUGGCAACAGUCGAACGACCUUUAACAACAGCAGAGCGAACGAGAGAACACAACCCGUUAAUCAGCCUAGGAGCAGAAGUACGCCACGCAACCUAAGCCAAUUGGGCGGUAUACCCAAUGUACAGAGAUUAGAGCAAAGAGUAACACACCUUGAGAGGUCUCUAUCGGCAGUUGGUAGUAUCGAGAAAAGACUCGCUGUUCUGGAAAGUCAGGUUCAGAGUUUAAAGACACUUGAGGACAGUAUUACGAAGAACCUAACUCAGAUGAAAGAUUUGAAGUCUCAGAUCGAGCAGAUCAUGACUCAGAUGUUUCCAGACUAG